CCAUUUCCAAACAGAAGUCCAAAUCCCAUGUAAAUCUGUUUCCAAACGAAGUCUAAUCUCCUUAUCCAGUCUCUCUCUCUUGUUCUGAAACAGAGCGUACACAGCGAAAAUUGAGAAGUGAGCGAAGCAUUGGUUUUGGUUUUUGCAAAUUGGGUUGGUCUCAGAUGGCUUUGCUUCGUCUUCUACACUUCCCAUCGACCACUCAUUUCUCCACCCAACAGUCGUUCGUUCCCUCAACAUCCCCAAUAACAUUACUGCAAAAACCUCUUCACUCCAACAACACUAUCUUUGCUCUUCUCUCUCUCUCUCUCUCUAACCCAUCCUCUCUAUCUCUUUCCCAUUUUCCCCCAAUCAGAACCAGACGACCCAGAAUCGUCCCCUUCAAUUUCUCAUCUCCUACCCAAACCCAAGCCACCAUUGAAACCCCAGAACUUGAAAACUCGGAGACAGUAGAAGAAGAAGAAAAUGAAUUCUCUCGAACCAGAUUGCUUGCCCAAAACGUCCCGUGGACCUGUACUACUGAUGACAUUCGAUCUCUGUUUGAAAAAUACGGAACCGUCGUAGAUAUAGAGAUAUCAAUGUAUAACAAAACCAGAAACAGGGGUUUGGCGUUCGUGUCCAUGAGUUCACCUGAGGAAGCUCUCGCAGCUUUCAACAAUCUCGAAUCGUAUGAAUUUGAAGGUCGAGUUUUGAAGCUCAAUUGGGCAAGGCCAAAGAAGCAGCCUUCUCCUCCUUCGCAACCCAAGGCGAUGCCGGUUCACAACUUGUUUGUGGCGAAUUUGCCCUUUCAGGCAAGGGCUAAAGACCUCAAGGAGUUCUUCAAUACUGAAAAUGCUAAUGUGGUUUCUGCUGAAAUUAUAUUUCAUGAUAAUCCGAGACGCUCGGCUGGGUAUGGAUUUGUUUCCUUCAAUUCGAAGAAGGAGGCCGAGGCAGCCCUUUUAGCAUUUCAGGGAAAGACGUUCAUGGAAAGAUCGAUUCGAGUGGCACCUAGCAAAAGAUUUUUGAGACAAGGAACAAAGUUGAACAUCCAACCUGAAAUCACAUCAACUGAAUCGAACACGGAUGCCAAGCAGUCAGAGGGUGUUGUUGAAGCUUGAAGUAAUCAAAUUCAGCAAGGAACAAGCUGGGACAUAAGUCCACAAUUCAUAUUCUUGUGAUGACCAACAUGGAAGGGGAUUGAAUGGGGAGGAAUUCAAAUGAGGAAGGGGUAAUAAUUUAUUACUAUGUGGCUAGGGGUUUUGUGUUCACCCCAUUGCAUUCAGGUGGUUUUGGAGCACAGAAAUUCAAACAAUUUAAUC